GUGAAUGGCCUUUAUGAGUCUAUUACUGACUUCAUUGCAUUAGGAAAUACUGAUAGAGAUAACUUCUAUUCAUAUGUAUUCAGCUUAACUCUCAUCACGGGAAUAAUGUCAACAUUAACUGUAUUUGGAGCACUUUACGGAUUAAUCGUGAGCUUUGCGAAAAUAACACAAGCUUACGUGACAAUUGCAUGGCUUAUCGUGGCACGUUACAUCAUCAACAACCUCAUCGGAAUUAUUAUCUUAAUUUCACUUAAAGAUGCGUUUCUUUCUAAUUGUGAGGUGCUGAAAGAAAUCUCAGAUGAAUACUCAGAGAAUAUGUGUAAUUCUGCGUAUGAUAACACUUAUUUUGCGACUGUAGUCACAGCAUGUAGAACUCAGCAAUUAGAAAAAGACAAAAACCGUGGAAGUCAUG